AUGGCCAUAGUUCGUAAGUACGGUAAACCCGACCUGUUCAUAACGUUUACGUGCAAUCCCAGGUGGCCUGAGAUCGCGGACAAUCUGGCGGCCCACAGCACGGUGAGCGACAGGCCCGAACUGGUGGCCGGGGUGUUCCACAUGAAACUGCGGGAGCUUAUAGGUGACAUAACUGUUAAUCGUGUGUUUGGUAAUGUCCUUGCUUACGUGUACACCAUCGAGUUUCAGAAACGCGGUCUGCCCCACGCGCACAUACUCAUCAUCCAGGCGGAGGAUAUGUCCGUGCAUGGUGGACAACAGUUGCUCCAAGGACUACCCGAAACCAUACGCAGAGGAGACUGUGUAUAUGUUUCGGACGGCGGUUACCCAAAGUACCGCCGACCAGACGACGGUCAAGUGGUCCUCUUGAGAAAUCACGAGGUCGGCAACGAAUUCGUCAGCCCGCCAGAGGGCAUCUGGUGGUUGUAUUCGUACGAAUUGCACAAAAGGAGUCACACGAUCGUCAGACUUCCUGUCCACCUGGAAGGUCGACAGAAUGUGUACUUCGAGCCGGGACAAGCACAAGAACGGUUGCAAAACGAAGCCCUGCGUCGUACAGGAUUAACAGAGUUCUUCGUGCUGAACGUAAACGACGUGGAAGCUCGACAAUACCUGUACACCGAAAUAAAAACGCAUCACAAGUGGAACGCGCCUCAGAGAACGUGGGCGCGGCGGCGGAGACUGAUGGCAAACGAGACGUUGGCUCGGAUGUACAUCGUCAACCCUUUGGACCGAGACCGUUUCCACUUGCGACUGCUACUGCUGAACCGAAGAGGCCCGCAGUCCUUUCAAGACAUUAGGACGGUGGACGGGGUCGUUGAGGAAACGUACACCUCGGCAGCCGUCGCACUCGGGUUAUUGGAAGACGACCGAGCGUGGCGGGCGUGCCUGACGGAAUCGGCGGCGUUGGACACACCGCGGCAACUGCGAUAUCUGUUCGUCACGAUACUGGUGUUCUGCGAGCCGUCAAACCCGCUGGCGUUGUACGAGGCGAACGAAGCAAACCUGAUGGAGGAUUUCAAUAGGCGCCUCCAAGACGUCGACCGCGCGAGGGCCGCGUGUCUGAACGCCAUCGGGGAUCUACUUCGUGCGCACGGAAAGUCGCUGGGCGACUACGGUUUGCCCCUGCCCGACCCCCUAAUGCUGGAACCGGAACAGGACGACAGACUGAUCCAAGCAAUAGAAGCGGCGGCACGGUGGGCACAACAGUUGGACGACAUGAACGCCGAACAGCGAACGGUGUUCGACCGCGUGAUGGCGGCCGUCGACGACGGACUAGAAGCAGCGAAGACUUUCUACGUCGACGGACCUGGCGGCACCGGAAAAACGAAUCUGUACGGAUGCCUCAUUUGGUCGCUCCGCAACAGCGGCCGGUCGGUGUUAUGCGUCGCAUUCACCGGGAUCGCCGCGUCACUCAUGGACGGCGGCAUGACCGUGCACUCGACGUUCGGCACGAUGACCGACGACUCUACAUCGACCAUCACCAUGCAGUCCGAGCGAGCGCGCAAGAUACGCGAUGCGGCACUCAUCGUGUGGGACGUGGCGCCAAUGUCGCCGGGACUGAAACUGACGGUGGUGGACCAACAAUGGACGAAGUGGCCAAUUUCCCCACAGAAUUCUUCAACAGUUUGGAACCGGACGGCCUGUUGCCGUACCGGCUGA